AUGAAGUAUUUGAUAUUUUUGGUUAAUACAGCUGAAUUGAAGGAUCUGCAAAAAGAGCGGAAAAGAAAUAUUGAAAUAGCUAAAAAAAAUACAGCCCCAAUAACCUCAUACUUUGAAAAAGCUGAAAAUGUUGAGAGUGAUGUCUGUGGUGCUGAAGAUAAUCCAUCGACGACUACGAUUUCCGUGGCUGAAGAAGAAUCUCAAUUAAGUACGUCAAAUCAAGAUGUAGACAGUGGGAGCAUCGACAAAAACGCGGAAACUUCUAAUGAUCAAUUAGGACUUUUUAAUCUGGCCAAUAAAUUCCCUACAGACAGAGGGCACUUCCCAUCUUUAAUUGAAGAUGGGAAUUCAAAGAGAUGUAUUCUAAAUCAUGGCCCAUGCAGACCUGAUGGCCCAUUUACUGUGGAAGAUGAACAAGGUAACAUAACCACAACCUUCAGUUCGUCAUAUUAUCAACUUCACACCAAGAACAAAACUUGUCCGAGAUCAUGGCUUUGUUAUUCACCAAUAUUAGGAAAACCAUACUGUGAAAAUUGCUGGCUUUUUGCUGAUCAAAAUCAUGAACGUUUUACAUUCCAAAGUGCAUGGGUAGAUGGAGUUCAGAGCUCAAAAAAACGAUUACCAGCUAAAAUUAGUAAACAUGAAAACUCAAAGCUUCAUAUUGAAGCAUCUGCUGUGUAUCUUAGAUGGAAAGAAGGAAAGACAAUAGAUGAUGAAGCAGAAAAGCAGAAUCGACGUGAAACUAAUUUAUGGGUGAACAUUUUGAGAAGGGUUUUGGGUGUAAUUCUUUGUCUGGCUUUGUUAAAUAUUGCUAUGCGAGGACAUGAUGAAAAAGUAGGAGGAAAUUUUCUGGGUGUAGUGACAAUGUUAAGUGAAUUUGACACUAUUACAAAUGAUGCUAUGUCCUUACCAAAGUAUACGACUCGAUACAUGAGCCCCAAAAUCCAGAAUGAACUGAUCCUAACAACAUCCCAGCUAUUGCAAAAGUCUUUGGUCACUCAGAUAAAUGAAUAUCCAUUUUGGUCAAUUGUGCUGGAUACCACAAGCGACAUAAACAGAGUAGAUCAGCUCAGUGUCACUAUCCGAUGGGUCCAAAUAUUGAGCGAGAGUGUUUCAAUUAAAGAAACUUUCCUUGGUUUUUAUCGGUAA